UUGGUGACUUCCCAGUUCCUUGGACUUGAUAUCUGUGCUGACACAAUGGUGGGAGAUGAGAUGAGAAGAGGCAUCUAUGGAGGUCAAAAAAGGAGACUGACUAAAGGAGAGAUGGUUGUUGGUCCCACCAAAGCCUUAUUUAUGGAUGAAAUAUCAAUUGGUUUAGACAGUUCAACUGCAUAUCAGAUUGUUUGUUGUCUGCAGCAGCUGGUGCAUAUCACGGAUGCUACCAUAUUGAUUUCACUUCUUCAGCCAGCUCCAGAAGCAUUUGAACUCUUUGAUGACAUCAUUUUGAUGGCAGAAGGAAAGGUUGUGUAUUGAGGACCACGUGAUCAAGUUGUAGAAUUUUUUGAAAACUGUGAUU